CUUCGAGGUUAGGAAUCCCAUUCCCCUAGCUUGUCAAUCCUUGGCUUCAGUGAAUGAUAUUUGGAGAUGGCUUCUGGCUCAGGAAGUAGUUCAGAAGAUGACGAGUAUGAUUAUUGCAACGCAGUAUCCAGGUUAAAAGCUUUGAAAACACAGAAGAAAGAUGUACCGAAGGUACCCCCAGUCAGAGUAAAGCCUGGAGCCACUUCAGUUGUCAAAGCUCCUGGUGUUCCUGACGUUGUGGUUGAGGAACCACUCAAAAAAGAAUCGAUUAAACCAGCAGUGUCAGAAACCCAGUGCCCGGACAGCGACGUCGCUGAAACGAUCUCGGAUUCUGAGAGUUCCUAUAGGCAAGACGAUAUCAUCGAGCUGUCAUCAGUGGAUACUGAGCCUCCUAGAACUCCAGAAGCACCCAUUGAGAUCCUUGACAGUCCACCCAGGCAGUCACAGAACGAGAGUACCUUUGAAGGGCUCGAUGAGUCAAUCAUCGACGACCCGAUGAUGGAUGUUAACAUCAGGUGGAAAUCGAAUAAAAUCGAGAAAGUUCAACUGAAUAAGCAUGAACCGCUCAUUAAGAUCUUCCAAAAAUUUGCCAAUCAAGAGAACAUUCCAAUCAACCGUAUAAUAGUUACCCAUCAAGAUGUGCUGGUAAACCUGACUGAUACCCCAGCUAGUUUAAAAUUAUCAAUAAUCGAUAUUUUAGAGGGAGGUGUCAUAAGUGCGAAAUUAUCGAAAUCUCGGGAGACUCCGGAGGAAGAUGACGAAGACGUGUGCAGGAUAAAAGCUCAAGUAUCAGCCAAAAAAUUUGUUACGUACAAACUACGAAAGGACGAGUCAUUUAAAAAAUUAAGGGAGCACUGUUCCAAGGAACUCAAGAUUCCUGUGGAAAAAAUCAAGUUCUAUUUCGAUGGAGAUCAGGUCGAAGAUCCUGAUACACCUGACAUUCUAGACCUGGAUGAUGAAGCGUGUAUCGAUGUUAAGAUUCUAACGUAAUUAGUCCGUAACUUAAUAGACAAUCAAAAUGUUCAGGCGCGCUCUUAACUUAAGUAAUAAAAUUUUCCUGAGAGACUUUGGAGCUCUCAAGUCGCUCUUCAGCAAAAUCCAUCCAUCCAUUGACAUGACCCUUCUCACCGCUUUGCCAUCGAAUGCUCAUCCGAUCAUUAUAGUAAUAAAUAUAGAUUGAGAGUAAAUUAAUUUUUUCACAAUAAAAUCUGUCGUUAAA